AUGGCCCCUUCCACAUAUAUCGUAGCAUCUGAAUAUACUAGCCCCAGCAUGCCGCAGCCGGCUGGUCCAAAACUGGCAAGGUUUACCUAUCAAAACAUAUACGGGCGGGACAUUUGGCCGGAAAUCCCUAGUGACUUGAUGGUGCAGGAUGAGUACUUGGGCGCAGCUAACGAUACCAGCCCCGAGGUCGACACCCCUGUCGAUAGCAAAUAUGAUCCCCUGGCAGAAAUAUUGCUGAACGGGUCAACGGAUGAAAGAUUGCUCUCUGGCUUGGUGAUUGACUUGGAGACUCGUCGACGGGGAAAACUUCACGGCAGACGAAUUGCUGGAUCUGUUAGCCCCGUGGGCAAGGGCAUUACAGAUUCAUUUGGAAUUCCCAGGACCGUGGUCCUUCGUCUGCUGACAUCUGCAGGAAACUGUCCCAAAUACCUGAACGCACGACAGAUCAUAUCAGCUUGGCCGGAACCGCGACUGGUUUCCGACUCUCCCCAGCUACCACCAAAAGCCCUCCGCUUUCUUGAUCGAGUCGACACUCUGUUCAUUUCAUCCCGGAAUGGAAAGGUCGACAUGGAUACAAAUAUCCGUGGCGGACCGCCUGGCUUUGUCCGGGUUGUCUCCAACGAGCCCAGUGGCACUGUAUUCGUUUAUCCGGAAUAUUCAGGGAAUCGGCUAUAUCAGACCUUGGGGAAUCUUCAAAUGACCCCCCUGGCUGGAUUCGUCUUCCCAGAUUUCGAAACAGGCAAUGUGCUUUUUGCUACUGGCCGCACAGAAAUCCUGGUUGGCAAAAAUGCGGCUGCCGUUCUUCCACGAUCGAACCUCGCCGUGCGAGUAACCGUGGCUGCCGCUCGAUAUGUUCAGAAUGCCUUAGCAUUCCGAGGAACUGCAGCAAGUCUCUCCCCGUACAACCCGAGGGUACGAUACCUAGCCACAGAAAAGGCCAUCCCGGUGGCGAUGGACGUUGGACAAUCCGUAACAGCCACCAUGGUUCGAAAGGAAAUCAUUACUCCCAACAUUGGCCGAUUCCGCUUUCGCAUAUCAGACCCCAAACGGAUCGGACCGUGGACCCCUGGUCAAUACGCCACGUUUUCCUUCCAGGGAGAAUUGGACAUUGGUUAUCGCCACAUGCAGGACGACGACCCAUCGAGUCUCAACGACGACUAUGUCCGGACGUUCACGAUCUCAUCGUAUCCAGGCAAGAGUCUUCCAGUUGAUGAAUUCGAGGUUACAGCCCGCAAGAAUGGCAGUGUUACCAAUUACCUCUUCCGCAUCAACGAACGAGCCGGACUGGAAGUUCCCUUGAAGGGCUUCGGCGGCGACUUCGUACUCAACGACAAACACGCACACGACAUUUUACCUUUCAUCGCCGGCGGGAUUGGGAUCACUCCCGUCCUGGCACAGAUACCAGGCAUCGAGAUCAAGCAUCUGCGACUAUUCUGGUCCAUGCAUAUUAGCGACCUCGGAUUGGUCGUGGAUACCUUCCAUCGGUUUCCUCAGUUACCUUCGUGCACGAGUCUUUUCCUCACGGGACCUGACUCGCAUGAUGAAGACAAGAUGAGCUAUCUGGACGUAGUGAAAGUGACCGCAGCGCGCGUGGAGCGUCGUAGGAUGGACGCUGCUGACCUGAACUUGUCGUUGGCAGACGUGUGGUACUUCUGUGGUAGUCCGCUUCUAAAAAGUUCGGUGAUGGACUGGCUAUCUGGGAAGACCGUAGUAUAUGAAGACUUCAACUAUUGA